GUUGUUCCUGCAGCACAGCCUCCCUCCCUGGUCAGCUGUGAGAAAAAAGACAACAUGUUGCCUUUUGUGGGCCUGAACAACCUGGGGAACACCUGUUACCUGAACAGUGUGCUUCAGGUGUUAUAUUUUUGUCCUGGCUUUAAAACUGGAGUAAAACAUUUGUAUAACAUCAUUUCGAAGAAGAAAGAGUCUCUGAAGGAAGAAGGAGAGCAAAAGGCAGAAAAGGGAAGUUGUAAAGAAGAUCCUCUGGCAAGUUAUGAACUCAUCUGCAGUUUGCACUCAUUGAUUCUUUCUGUGGAGCAGCUUCAGGCCAGUUUCCUCUUAAAUCCAGAAAAGUACACGGAUGAACUUGCUACUCAGCCCCGGAGGCUCCUAAACACCCUCAGAGAGCUGAACCCCAUGUACGAAGGGUACCUGCAGCACGAUGCCCAGGAGGUCCUGCAGUGUAUCCUGGGCAACAUCCAGGAGACGUGCCAGCUGCUGAAGAAGGAAGAGCUGAACAAGCUGCCUGUGGAAGAGCCUGCAGCUAAGGUGGAGGAGAAACCCAACCAACCCCCUGAGAGCAACGGAACCAGCAGUGCUGCGCGGGAGGAGGAGAACACACCGAGCAGCCACGUCGGAGACGCAGCCGGAGACAAACUCCUCAAGGGAGGAAACGGGAAAAGGAAAAGCGAUGCUGAGGGUGGCAAUGCAAAGAAAAAAUCCAAAGUGUCAAAAGAGCAAAUUGCAGCAGAGGAGAAUCAAAGGCAAACCAGGUCCAAGAGGAAAGCAACAGGAGAAAAGCUGGAAAGCCAAGCGGAUGCCAUUGCCAAGUGUUCGGGGGAGAACGAGAGCGCGAAGCCGACGCAGAAGAAGUCGCGGCUUAGGUUAAACUGGUUAAAGUCUUCCUGCAAACAGCCCAGUAUCCUGUCUAAGUUUUAUAGCCUAGGGAAGCUAACCACAGGCUUGGGAUCCAAAGACCCGGGAAAGGAGUAUGACUCUGAGCUUGAAGAGUCAAGUGGCAAGUGUGAAAAUGGUGACAGUAAGGAAGAGUAUCACGAAGCAGCUUUGUCUCCUGUGGAAAGCCAUCAGGGAAAAGGAACUGAAAAAGAACCAAAAAAGGAAGGUACAGAGUUGGCUGUCUUUGAACUGGUGGAGAAACUCUUCCAGGGCCAGUUAGUGCUGAGGACAAGGUGCUUGGAGUGCGAGUGCUUUACUGAAAGGAGAGAAGAUUUCCAGGACAUCAGUGUUCCAGUGCAGGAGGAUGAGCUUUCUAAAACUGAAGAGAGUUGUGAAAUUUCUCCAGAGCCAAAAACAGAAAUGAAGACUCUGAAAUGGGCAAUUUCCCAGUUUGCCUCAGUGGAAAGGAUUGUGGGAGAGGACAAAUAUUUCUGUGAGAACUGCCACCACUACACCGAGGCCGAGCGCAGCCUCCUGUUCGAUAAAAUGCCUGAAGUGAUAACAAUUCACUUGAAGUGCUUUGCUGCCAGUGGCUUGGAGUUUGACUGCUACGGUGGCCUGUCCAAGAUCAACACUCCCCUGCUGACGCCCCUGAAGCUGUCCCUGGAGGAGUGGAGCACCAAGCCCACCAAUGACACCUACGGGCUGUUCGCGGUGGUCAUGCACAGCGGCAUCACCAUCAGCAGUGGACACUACACAGCCUCUGUCAAAAUCACAGACCUCAACAGCCUGGAGCUGGACAAGGGCAACUUCAUCCCCGACCAGAUGUACGAGGUGCUCAAGCCAGAGCCUCUGAACGAGGAGGAGGCGCGAGCGGUGGCCGAGGACUACGACGACGGCGAAGUGUCCUUCAGGGUCAACGGCAACGCGCAGCUGGGAAAGGUCCUCAACAAAAAGAACAUGGAAGCUGUUGGACUUCUUGGGGGGCAGAAGAGCAAGUCUGACUGUGACCUGUACACCAAACCAGCCAACCCUGAGAAGUUUCUCAGCAUGGUGGCCGAGAGCAGAGCCCCCGAGCCCAGCGGCA